AUGCCCUACACUGCGCCGUUGAAGACGUCGCCUUCCGCGCAGCACAUCGAACACACUCAACUCACCCCCAACUCCUGUCCUAACUCGCCCACCGUGGUCUCCUCACACCCACCUCGUCCACACCUACCACGCUCCUACUCAUCGACUUCUUAUGUGCGAAGGCAUCGAAGGAGUCCUUCCAAUAGCAAGGCAUUUACCUUCCCAGCCCCAGAUCAUUCUUCAAAUCCAGACCAUGUCAGCCACUCGCAGUCGAGCAUCCGAAAGUCUCCUCCACCCCUGAGUGACGCCGUUAUUCCUCCAGGGGCCUUGAUUUCCCCUCCUGACUCUGCUCCCAAUUCUAGUGAUGAAGAGACAUUAUAUCGACCACAGGGUGAGCUGCAACUAGAUAAACUGGAGGCAGCCGUGAGGUCAAUCGAGCAAAGGAGGGUGUCCUCGCCAGAAAGACCGGUUGAGGAGGAGAAGUCAUCUUCAAGCAUGGCAUCUUCAACUGCCGAUUCCGUAAAACAUAUGCGGCCACCUCUUUCCCGGGAAGCUCGCAAGAUCUCUCAUUCGCGUUCCGCUACUGAGUCUAUGGUUGAUCACAAGCAAGACGAAGUCUUAACUACCUCGCCGGAAGAAAGUGAUCGGGACGACGAACCUCGUGUAAAGCAUCCGAUGGUCCGCAAGAAGUCGGGAGAGCUGGUUCGCCCCGCACUUCGCCCGGCUUCGGCGCGGCGGCGUCCGUCUAGUAUGCCGGGGACGCCAACAUUCUCUAAAGCUGUCCAUUUUGAUGCUCAAUUGGAACAUAUUCGGCACUUCCUGCAGCUGGACAAGCCCCAAGCUGUUAGUGCGGACACGUCUCCUGUCGAUGACUAUGACGCUGCUGGGGAGUUCCCUUUCCGUCAUACGGCUAAUGAUAACGCCUGGGAAUGGGAGAUUGCCCUCAACAACUUCCCCUCUGAUGUCUCCUCUCGGGCACAUCAACGCGUCCGUCUGGAACGUCUACACCUCUCUGCCGACAAGAAUACCCUGAUUGGUGUCGUGGCUGUUGCUAAUCUGGCCUUUCACAAGCACGUUGCGGCUCGUUUCACGUUGGAUCAUUGGAAAACUGUAUCUGAGGUCACGGCAGAAUACAAUCACAAUCACCGACGGGAUCAUGCGAAUGAUGCCUACGAUAGGUUCUCAUUCAAUAUCAAGUUGAAUGACCAGACAAACCUCGAAAAGAAGACCAUGUUCGUGUGCAUACGCUACAAUGUCGAGGGCCAAGAAUACUGGGACAACAACCAUCACAAGAACUUCCAAGUUAAUUUCAUCAAAACAGCCAAACCUAGAGUCGGGCAGCAGAACCUUCAACCUGCAAAGCCCCGCACCUCGUUGCCUCGCAGUAGGAGCUUUGUGGUUUCCACCAGCCGUCCUCAAUCAAUGCCUCCGUCUUUUGACAACUUCUCUGACAUGGAUAAGUAUGUGUCUUUCGGCACGCCUCCCAAGACCGGAAAAGAGGCUCCACUGUGCGACGACGAGCCCCACGAUGUUGAGGUCGCUGCUCCUAUUCGUCGCGAUAAGCAGAAUCAUCAGGUUUUUGGCAAUCGCUACGACUUUGAGGCAUCAUUGUCGGCGGCCAUGAAGACCAAACCAACACAUGAUCGAACAACGUUGGCUGCACGGGCCAAAACCAAUACCCCACCGCACAUUCAUCAUCAGCACGCAUCCGAGAAGCGGUCAACCGCUCGUGAUAACAGCACCAUUCCUACGGCUGGUAAUGGCCACCAGACAAGCUCCGCAUCCUAUCACAAACCUUCCACUCUAGUAUCGAGCAAGCCGCAUCGCGAGUCCUCCGUCUACAAGGAGCUUGUGGAUAAAUAUUGUUUCUUUGGCUCUUCCAAUUUUUCAACCGACGGCAAUGAUGCUACAACUGUCAGAGAUUUUGCAAGCCGAACGAACUCCAGCAGCAGUUCGAGCGCCGGAUCACCAUGCUCGUCACCUCAUAUUGAGGCGGCCUAUGGUGGUGAUUCACGGACCUCCUCCCCCAGUCACAUCGGAUUUCCGUACAUUCAGAAUAAUUUCUUGAAAGAAACAAACACACCGGCUAUUAUCCAGGGAUAA